CGCUCAUCCAUGUGUUGUGACGUCAUAGAACGACAACCCAACUAAGGCCCAGAUGCAAUCGAAGCAUAUUCCAGGUUGAUUUCAGAUUACUUGAGAUGGCUACGUUCGCAACGCAAGCACAACAAGCUGCAGGAUGGUCCCAACAGUAUGGUGGAGGUAGUGCAGAAAUGAAACCAGAAUGGGAAAAAGCUAGAAAGGCUCUGGAAAAUAUGGGAGCAACCAGUGUCUCCCCACAGAAGGCCAAGAAGAAUUCUCCAUCUGUUGCACCACCCCCUCCCCCACCACCACCUACUGAAUCUGAUGGACCUCCAGGUCCUCCUGGGACAUGGUCAAUGUAUGGUCACAACUACAACAUGUAUCAACCAUAUACUUACCAAAAUUACUAUGGAAAUGGGAUGCCUCCAGGGCCUAUGUAUGGUCAAGGUGCUGGACCAGGUCCCUAUGAUCAAAGGCCUCCUUUCAAUGGUUAUGGUGGGCUGAGGAUGUCGGAUGCAAGAGUAGAGGAUCAACGUCAUCAGUCCAUGGAUGAGGACUUUAGACUAGAAGAAAGACAAGAUGAAAGGAGAGAGAUGGUACCAAGGCAUCCCUCAGAUGGCCCUUCAAAUCAACAGAGGCCUUCAUACCCAUACCCUCAUCAGAACGGACCAAGAUUCCAACCUAGGACUAAGCAGGCACCAGGAGCUGGAGGCAUCAGGUUUCAGAUUCCAAAGAGAAACAUGCGGGGCGGAGGUGGAGGUGGGCCAAUGAAACGUUUCAUGGAUCACCGGUCAGUUAGGUCAAUUGCACCUAACAGUGAAAAGCCUGAAUCACCUCGUCAAUCUCAACAUAAUGAUCGUUUAUCACCAUCUCCUCAAACCAAUGGAAUUAGCUCUAAGGCUGAGAAAGCACAAAUGGCAGCUGAAUGGCCACCAACCCUGAAGGCAUAUGUACAGAGGGCGUUUGCAAGUGUGAAAAAUGAUGUGAUGAAAGACCAAGUUGAGUCAUGGUUAAAAACUCACCUCACUCAAUUAUUUGAGACAGGACAGGCAAUGACAAUGGAUUGGGACAAUGAACCUUUGCCAACUGUGUCCAGUACCUCGCCGAGCCAUGGUCCAAAGGCUAAGAGAAGUAGAUGGGAGUUAGGCAUGGAGCAGGCCAGAGGAAGAAGGGGGCGUGGCAUCCGGGGUCCAUACACAAACAAUAGGGUUCCCACCUACAGAAGGUCUAGGUCAAGAUCACGCUCAAGGUCCAAGAGCUUCAGUAGGUCCAGGUCACGAUCAAGGUCACCACCAAAUCGUAGGAAAGGACGUCAUUAUCGGAAAAGUGAAAGCUCCAGUUCCUUGAGUUCAGAUGAAGAUCGCUUUUCAAAUCCUAAAGAUAAGAGGAAAUUUGGCAAGUUGCCAAGUAGGGGGCGGGGUCGAGGUCGGGGAAGCAGAGGUCGAGGUGACAGUAAGGAUGACAAAAAAGAAAAUACCAAGUCUGUUGGCAAAAAGAAUAAAAAGGGCAGACUGAGUGACAUCAAGUUAGAUUUCCAUGAUCCAGAAAAAGCAGCAAGAAUGCAGAGAAGAGCUGCCCGUUUUGGUGCUCAGUUAGAUGAUGAUACAAGCAGGACGCCUCGCCAGAAGCUGACAUUAACAAUUAACAACCUUUAUUCAAGUGAUGAGUUUGAUCUCAGUAGCUGCCGUGUUGUUGGAACAUGCACAAACCUGGAGAAACAGUACCUCAGACUCACAUCAGCUCCCAGUGCUGGCACCAUCCGCCCACCUUCUGUAUUGAAGCAGUCCCUGAGGAUGGUACAAAAAGACUGGAAGGAAAAGAAUGACUAUAGAUAUGCAUGUGAACAGCUCAAGUCCAUACGCCAGGAUUUGACAGUACAAGGUAUCAGAGAUCAGUUGACCGUAGAUGUGUAUGAAACACAUGCAAGAAUUGCAAUGGAGAAGGGUGACCAUGAGGAGUUCAACCAGUGUCAGACUCAGCUCAAACUGCUGUACCAAGAGGGGAUCAAGGGGAACCAUCUUGAAUUCACUGCUUACAGGAUACUCUACUACAUCUUUACAUCAAACACACUUGAUUUGACCACAGUGCUUGCGGCUUUGUCACCAGAACACAGGGCAGAUGAAUGCGUCAAACAUUCAUUGUCUGUUAGGUCGUCAUGGGCACUUAAUAAUUAUCAUUCUUUUUUCAAGCUCUACAGUAAUGCUCCAAAAAUGUCAGGCUACCUCAUGGACUGGUUUGUUGACAGAGUUCGGAAGAAUGCCCUCAAGACUAUUGUUAAGUCGUAUCGUCCCUUGCUGCCUAUUAGUUUCAUCAAGAGUGAGUUAGCGUUCCCUGACCAGGAAAAGGUCAUGGAAUUUCUUAAAGAGAAGGGUGCUGUAUUAAAUGCUGAAUCAAGCAAGGUGGACUGCAAGCAAUCCAGUACAGCUGUCCAGAGCUGUUAGUGGUGGCUCAUACACCCAUGUGUCCGAGGAUAGGGGCACAGUUUAAUUGCAGGAAGUGUUUUCUCGUCAACAUGGCUAACAGCUUUUGCCAUGAACUUUGAUUUGCCUGGAAGAUACCAAAGCUCCAGGAAAGAGGAAGGGUCAUUGGGUGGGUGGGUGUUUAAUUGGGAUAAAUUGAUGUUUCAUGUGCAGAAGUUGAAGAUGCAACAGAAGACCCACAGAUGAACUUUGAUAUUUCUUGCAAGCGUUUGUCCCUGUUUCUUGAGGAGUGUUUGCUAUGCUUACAGAAGAUUUGCAAUUGGGAUCUUUGGUGGAAGCAAAAGACUAUUCUUGUUGCAUCUUUGCUCAAGAAGUAUUUUUUUAGUUUUAUUCAGGUGAAUUAUUUCUUUUUGCCAAGCAUAAAUCUUCCAAAGUUUAAAGAAGAGGGAUAGGUGUACAGUGCAUACGGUAUGAACAAUAUCCUUUUUGAGAAGUCAUGUCUGGUGUUUGGAAAUCUUUUGAUGUAUGAUUUCGGGUAAGCUAAGGCGAUAUUGGCCAUUAAGGUUCAAUCUGCAAUCUUUCGUGUUUUUGAUGAACUUUAUGAUAAAAAUCGAAGAAGGAUCAAAUAUCAAGAUGAAGAGGACCUGUUUCCUUUGUUUUUCUGAAGACCAAUGCUGAUAAGUAGUUGGGUAAGCUGUUUAUAAAGAAGGUAAUCCAGUCAAGUGCCCUUAAUCUUCAAUGUGUUUUGGAAUUAAAGUUUUGAAAAUCAUUUUCAAGAAGUAGGUUCCAGCCGUGCUAUGGAAGUCAAGUCUUUCUGUUCCUGAUGUUAAAAAGUGACUCUUAAUUUUCUAAGGACUGGGCUGUACCAUAUAUUUUUGGAAGCGAUGAAGGGAAUAAAUCAGUCGGUUGAAGAGGAUUAAUCCCAUGCCAGCUGUUUCAUGCAAAGAAUCAAGUCAGUCCUCUGGUCUUUGAUGUCUUCAAGAAGUAUUCUUUUAUGGCUUCAUUCAACAAGUUCAGGAUCAGGAUGGAGCCCACUACAGGGAAACAAGUUUUACGGGAGUGGUUUGGGUAUGAUUGGGAAGGGGGUUGGUGGGAGGGGGAGCAGCAGCAGCAGGUGGUCUUCACCGUUCGAAAGUUUCAUAUCAUUGUUUGUUCUUAAUCUUUCUUUCUGCCAUGUAUGUGCAGGUUUUCAGCAUCAGUGAAGAAGAAUCAACAGAUUUUGAACAUUAUGAGAUAUCUGUAUGAAGAAGUGCUAAGAUUAAGUUUCUGAAAUCCAUAGUAAGAAUGUGGACUAUUUCAGAUGAUCCAAGAUUAAAUAGCCACCAGCAGUUAUACAUAAUCCUGUGAAAUGAUCUACCUAUCACAUCUAGUUUCUUGAUUAGUGAAAUUGUUUUGUUAGCUUUCAAACUAUGACAUUAGUGAUUCCUUGUGGAGUUGCCGUGUUGACAUCCUGUGAUAUUUUCUCAACUGGAGACAUAGACUCUACUUACAGCCUUCAACAUUAUGUAUAUUUAUUUUACAUGUAUAAUGUUGUAGGGUUCUUUUUCAUGUACACAUAUUGAUUAUAUUUAUCAAUAGGUAUUUUUUUCCAGAGAUAGAUUAGUGUACAUAUUUGUACAUAAAAUAAAUCGUGAAGCUAAUCAAAGUGUUUUGUUGUUAAGUGUUACGUUACUGAGUUUCAUGUUGAUUUUCUGUUUCUUGUCAACAAGACCGUCAGAAAAAAGGCUCCGUAUUGUCAUGCUCAUUCGUUAUGGUACAGUUACCAUGUUCCUGAAUUGCCUCAUGACUUUAACAACUGGUUUUGGUAUGUACACAGACGUAGUUACAAACUAUAAGCAAUAUUAUAGUGCAACAGUUUCACCCCGGCAAAUGUUUAAGUGGUACCCACCAGAUGUUGAGUAAAGUUAAGCUUGUUAAAGCACCUGGUAUGGGCAGACAUUUCCCAGUCUAGAUUAAUUAACACAGUAUUAAAUUUAUUGUUACAUGAACCUUGCUUUCAGUAUCAAUCAUAUCUAUAUAUGAAACACUUGCAUCGUUGUAGACAUACUUCGAUAUUCAUAAUUCCCUACCCACAUAAGGUAUUAAUUAUCCGAUUCCAGCAAUUACCUGUUUGUGUACAAGUUUUCAGCAUUCAAUGAAUGUCCUGUACCAACAUGUUUGUAAACGGCUCUACUACUUUGAGAUGUGUGUUAUUUUCAAACUCACAUUUGUCCUGAAGACAACGGAAACAUUGGUUCGCACAUGAUGAAAAUGAAUUAUUGUGGUACAAUGUCCACGAUCUGCUGUAAAUGCAAAUAAAUACGUGUAAAUAAAGUAAUUGAAUUAUU